GCCGUGAGGCUGCGCGCGUUUCCUGAAUCGAGAGAUACCGGCUCACUCAGUUCUACACUAGCAAGUUUCCGGAAGUGGGGGAGGCUUAAAGCGUCUACGCUUCCUUUCCCCGCCUCUUAGUCCCGGAGAUUGCCAAUCCAGUUAGCCAAUGGAGAGCCAGACUGGUCAUCCCUGUUACUUGAUUGGCUUAGAGUUUUGCAACCGCCCAGAAAAACUUGGCGACGAUUGGUUGAACCUUCGGUUUUGAAAAUCGUAGAUUUCGCCCGCGCUGCGCCGCCCGGUUGCUGCUCCGUGGCGGCGAACCUUGAGAGCGGGAGCUGAGGGGCGACGGGGCCGGCGGCGGCGUCCCGGAGAGGAAGCCUGCCUGAUUUGGGUCAGCAGACCUGGUGCAGCCGAGCAGAGCCACCAUGGGGACCACGGCACCAGGCCCCAUUCAUCUGCUGGAGCUCUGUGACCAGAAGCUCAUGGACUUCGUGUGCAACAUAGACAACAAGGACCUGGUGUGGCUGCAGGAGAUUGAGGAGGAGGCCGAGCGCAUGUUCACCAGAGAAUUCAGCAAAGAACCAGAGCUGAUGCCCAAAACACCUUCUCAGAAGAACCGUCGGAAGAAGAGGCGGAUUUCUUACGUUCAGGAUGAAAAUAGAGACCCUGUUAGGAAAAGGCUGUCGCGCAGAAAGACCCGGAGCAGCCUGCGGAGCUCAAGGAACCUGCGCAGCAAGGACAAGGUGGAGAAACUGGCCACCGCCCUCGGGGAGAACUGCUCGCCGGUGCUGCGGCGGGUCACCCGCGCCACGGCCGCAGCUUUGGCAGCCACCCGCUCGUCUCCCCCAGCGUCUACCAAGAAGCUGGCCAUGCCCAUGGUGGAGAUCUGCACCAGUGAUCGCCGCAGCGCCGAGCAGCACCUGCAACAGGUCCUGGCCGUGGCGGAGCUGUCUGGGUCUCAGGCCCCGGUCUCCCAGGACGUCCCGACAUCUGACGAGGAAGCUACACCCAAGAAGGCCGAGGCCGGGAGACUAGAGUUAGUCACAGUGAGCUCCCUGAUGACAACACCCCAGGACCCAAAGAGUCGAAGGGUCGAGGCCGAGCGCUCCGUCUCCAAGCUCAGGAUUGCACGGGCCUCCCCUGGCUCUCCGGACUCCCGGGACUCACCGUGGCGUGAACGUGUGCUCGCCCCGAUCCUGCCCGAUAACUUCUCCAUGCCCCUGGACUCGCGGGCAGAGACUCGGUCGGUGCGGCACAGCCCCCUCACCUCGCCCCGUGCCCGCGUGUCGCUGGUCCAGAAGUACUCCCUGGUGGCCGGACAGGAGGGCAGUGUCCGCCGGUCACGCAGGAUUUCCAAGAAAGCCGAGCAAGAGCCAGUGGCCUCUGCCCGCAUCAUCUGCCACAGUUACCUGGAGAGGCUCUUGAAUGUUGAGGUGCCCCAGAAAGUCAGCCCCACGCAGGAGCCCAGCAAGGAGCCUGAGCCUUUGGAGGUAGUUGAGCUGGAGGUCUCUGGCGAUGAAGAGAACACCUUGUGUGUACGCAGUGCCACCAAGGUGGCCGUUAGUACACCUGGCUCGAAGUAUGGAGCCAGUGGCCAGGACACAUCCUCAGAAAGUAAGCAUGAGGCCACGGCUGACCAAAUGGGUGGGCCCAGAGAGCCACCUCAGAGCGUCAGGAGGAAGCGCAGCUACAAGCAGGCGAUGAGUGAGCUGGAUGAGGAGCAGCACCUGGAGGAAGAGGAGCUGCAGCCCCCCAGGAACAAGACCCCUUCCCCUCCCUGUCCCGCCAGCAAGGUGGUACGGCCCCUCCGGACCUUCCUACACACAGUGCAGAGGAACCAGAUGCUCAUGACCCCGACCUUGGCCUCCCGCAGCAGCGUCAUGAAAUCCUUCAUCAAGCGCAACACUCCCCUGCGUGUGGACCCCAAGGAGAAGGAGCGGCAGCGCCUGGAGAACUUGCGGCGGAAGGAGGAGGCCGAUCAGCUGCGCAGGCAGAAGGUGGAGGAGGACAAGCGGCGGCGGCUGGAGGAGGUGAAGCUGAAGCGAGAAGAGCGCCUCCGCAAGGUACUGCAGGCCCGCGAGCGGGUGGAGCGGAUGAAGCAGGAGAAGAAGCAGCAGAUGGAGCAGAAGUUUGCUCAGCUCGAUGAGAAGACCGAGAAGGCCAAAGAGGAGCGGCUGGCUGAGGAAAAAGCCAAGAAGAAGGCAGCGGCCAAGAAGAUGGAGGAGGUGGAGGCCCGCCGGAAGCAGGAGGAGGAGGCCCGCAGGCUGAGAUGGCUGCAGCAGGAGGAGGAAGAGCGGAGACAGGAGCUGCUGCAGAACAAAAGGAAGGAGGAGGAGCAGGAGCGGCUACGCAGGGCGGCCGAGGCCAGGCGCCUGGCCGAGCAACGCGAGCAGGAGCGCCGGAAGGAACAGGAGCGCCGGAAGGAGCAGGAGCGGCUGCAGGCUGAGAGGGAGCUGCAGGAGAGGGAGAAGGCCCUGCAGCUGCAGAAGGAGCGGCUGCAGAGAGAACUGGAGGAGAAAAAGAAGGAGGAACAGCAGCGCCUGGCGGAGCAGAGGCUGCAGGAGGAGCAGGAGAAAGCCAAGGAGGCUGCAGGGGCCAGCAAGGGCCUGAACGUGACCAUGGAUGUGCAGUCUCCAGUCUGUACCUCGUAUCAGAUGACUCCUCAGGGGCACAGGGCUCCGCCCAAGAUCAACCCAGAUAACUAUGGGAUGGACCUCAACAGCGAUGACUCCACUGAUGACGAGGCGCAUCCCCGGAAGCCCAUUCCCAGCUGGGCCCGAGGUACCCAGCUCAGCCAGGCCAUCGUCCACCAGUACUACCACCCUCCGAACCUUCUGGAACUCUUUGGAGUCAUUCUCCCCCUGGACUUGGAGGACAUCUUCAAGAAGAGCAAGCCUCGCUAUCACAAGCGCACCAGCUCCGCUGUCUGGAACUCCCCACCCCUGCAGGGCCCCAGGGUCCCUGGCAGCCUGGCCCACAGCCUCAAGAAGCACUGAGGCAGGCUGUGGCCUCCUUGUCAGGCUCUGCUCGCGUCUCUGUCUGUCUCUUACUAGGUUGGUCUGCCAGGCUGAGGGCCUUUUUAUGUAAACAUCCUCUGUAUGCCUGGUGAUUGUGUUGCAGGUGG